CUCAACUACCACCCCACAACCCUCCUCCUCUGCUCAAUUCCUCAAAAAAUGGCCUCCAAUGCUUGGAUUGUCUGUGCACUAAUGUUACUCUUGGGCAUGAUUGUUCCUAGCUUGGCCACCGUUCACACCGUCGGAGACUCCGGUGGUUGGGCACUUGGUGUUGAUUAUAGCACCUGGACUAGCGGCAAGACCUUCGCUGUCGGCGAUAGCCUCGUGUUCAAAUAUUCAAGUGGGCACUCCGUGGAUGAAGUGAGCGGAAGCGACUACAGCAGUUGUAGUUUGGGCAAUUCCAUCAGUACGGACAGCAGCGGCUCCACCACCAUCCCUCUGAAAACCGCUGGAUCACACUACUUCAUUUGCAGCAUCGUCGGCCACUGCGGGAGUGGCAUGAAGCUUACUGUGACGGUGGCUAAAGCAUCAACUGCUGCCGCCCCCGCAGCUCCGUCCGGCACACCCUCAUCGGGUGGUAAUACAGCAAUCACACCCCCGGCAGGUACCACCACACCCACCACAACCACCACCACCUCAACCCAUUCAUCUUCGGGGGCUAGUCUCUCUCCGAUUAUGGCGGUAGUGUCCGUUGCUACUUUUUUGGCCUUUUGGGUGUAGGGAAUGUAGCCAGGUUGGAGGCAGUGCUCUUUGCUUCUUUUGUUUCCGUUUGUAUUGAGAUUUUUAUUGUUAUCUGAAUAGUUUUAUUUACAAUUCAGAAGAGAAUGAUAUUUGACCAGAUCUAUA